GGAUAAAAUUGGAGUGAAUAGCACGACAGAGGAAUCUCAGCCCUAAAUCCGAUAUAAAUUUCGUCUUAUAAUUCCAAUUAUUCCAGCUCUCUCGAAAUGGCUCUCUUCACUCCAAACUUGUCUUUCAAUACUCUCACCUACAAUUCCAGUUUAUUUACACUACCUGCCACUCGUCGUCUUUUUAUCCGCUGCCCCCGCUCCCUAAAGCUCAGAGCUUCAUUAGCCGUUGACUCCCCAUCGACCUCCGCCACCGGACGCGGCGGUGCUGCGGAGCUCCUACUUGAAGUCAAAGACCUUUCUGCCGUAAUUACCGAGUCCAAACAGCCCGUUCUUAAAGGCGUUAACCUAACUGUCCGCGAAGGCGAGGUUCACGCGGUGAUGGGGAAGAACGGUUCUGGCAAGAGUACAUUUGUGAAGGUCCUUGUUGGUCAUCCAGAUUAUGAAAUUACUGGAGGCAGCAUUACAUAUAAAGGUCAGGACUUGCUUGAGAUGGAGCCUGAGGAAAGAGCUGUUGCUGGGAUGUUCAUGAGCUUUCAGUCCCCAGUUGAAAUUCCGGGAGUUAGCAAUAUUGAUUUUUUGAACAUGGCUUACAAUGCUCGAAGGAGAAAACUUGGACAGCCAGAACUUGGACCAAUCGAGUUCUACGGCUACAUAGCACCCAAGCUUGAACUUGUGAACAUGAAGGUAGAUCUUUUGAACAGAAACGUCAAUGAAGGGUUCAGUGGUGGAGAAAAGAAGCGUAAUGAGAUUUUACAACUUGUGGUUCUUGGUGCAGACUUGGCUAUAUUAGAUGAAAUUGAUUCAGGUUUAGAUGUUGACGCACUUCGUGAUGUAGCAAAAGCAGUGAAUGGACUCCUGACCCCAAAGAAUUCAGUUUUGAUGAUCACUCACUAUUUACGUCUUUUGGAGUUCAUUGCACCUACCUAUAUUCAUAUAAUGGAGAACGGCAGGAUAGUGAAGACUGGAGAUAUUUCGAUAGCAAAAGUUUUGGAAAAAGAAGGUUACAAGGCAAUUUCGGGCACAUAACUGUAGACCCAUGCUCCUCUUGAUAAUGUUUUCGAGAUUAAAAGUAGCAAGUUUCUUCAGUGGGCAUAUAAUGUGGCAACGGAGGUAACACGUCCAAUUUGCUUGUUCGACAUUGAAGAUUGUUCUUCGAGGCAAUGUCCUAACUGAAGAAUGGAUCAUUCAUCUUUGUCAUUGAUGAGGAAGAACUUGAACAUCAUUAUGUCAUUCUCUCACACUGAAGUAUCUAUUGUUGGCACGUGUUUCUAGAGAUUGUUACUCUACUGUCUUUAUUACAUGGAGAUGUAUCUUAACAUAUAGUUCAUAUUUUUUGGGAACGGCUAACA